UCAUUCAUUCUCUCACAUUAAACACUUUCUUCACACACACACACACACACUUCACACUCUUUUCUUGUUGUAUGUUGCUAACAUGCACCACGCUCUCUUCUUAUCAUACACCCCCAACACACCAUAACAAAAUUUCUUAAAACAACUUUCUGUUAUGAAUUUAACAUUUUAUCACGCGCCACCAAAUUAAAUACAGUAACAACUUACCAACACUCUUUUCUGUUAUGAAUCCAGCAACUGAUAUACAACAACCUCACGCGCCGCCCCAAGUUUUACAACCACCGCGUUCUUCCUUCAGUUGUGACCGUCAUUCUGUCGAAAACUUGACCGGAUUCUGUCCUUCAUGUCUCUGCGAACGUCUCACUACUCUCGAUCAAUCCGCCGCCGCCACGUCAUCUUCCCGGCGUAACUCUACUUCUUCUUCUUCCGCCGCUGCCGCAUUGAAGUCGCUUUUCCGAGCUCCGGCAUCCUCCUCGUUCUUGCCGGAGCUCCGGCGGUCGAAAUCGUUCUCGGCGACGAAGAAUGACGGACUAGGUUUUCCAGCCGGUGGUUUUGAACCGCAGCGGAAGUCGUGUGACGUCAGAGGUCGGAACACUCUGUGGUCGUUAUUUUCAAUUCACGAUGAAAGUAGUAACAAUAUCAAUGUUAGUAAUAAUAACAAUAAACAAAACGGCGUCGUUUUGGAAACGAACAGAGAGGAAUCAGAAGAAGAGGAUGAAAUUCAUGAAAACGACGUCGUCUUGGAGGAAGAAACGAAUGUUAACGGAAUUGUGGAAGAAACGGUUCAAAAUGAAGUAACGGCGUUAAGUGAUUUAACGGAGGAAGUAACGGAGUUAACGGAGUCUAUUUUGAAGCCAAUGAAGGAUCAUAUAGAUCUAGAUACACAGUCAAAAAAGUCAACACGGUCAAACUUUUGGUCAGCAGCGUCGGUUUUAAGUAAAAAAUGGCAAAAAUGGAGAAGAAAACAGAAAAAGCAUGAAUAUGAUGAUAAUGAUGGCGUCACUCGAAACGGUGUCGUUUUGUCAUCAUCACGUAACGCAUUGCCAGUUGAGAAAAAAAGUAAGUUGAAGUCUAGUAAGUAUGGAGAAACACAAUCUGAAAUAGCUGAUUAUGGAUUCGGGCGGAGAUCAUGUGAAUAUGACGCGGGUCGGUUUUCAUUGGAUGCGGGUCGGAUUUCAUUUGAUGACCCGAGAUAUUCUUUUGAUGAGCCUAGGGCUUCAUGGGAUGGGUAUUUGAUUGGUAGAACAUUUCCUAGGCUGCCACCUAUGGUUGAAGAUGAUGUUCCUGUUGUACACGUGGCACGUUGUGAUUCGCAAAUACCUGUUGAGGGUGUGGAGGGUUUGGGUCGGGUUGGUUUGGAUGAUGAUGGGGAUGUACCGGGUGGGUCUGUUCAAACCCGAGAGUAUUAUUUGGAUUCGUCUUCCUCGAAAAGGAGGAAGAGUUUAGAUAGGUCGAAUUCGAUUAGGAGGAUGGCUGCUAGUGUGGUGGCGGAAUUGGAUUCGAAUAGUAGAGGCACAAUGCCAGUGGUGGUACCGAGUGUUAAUGUUGAUAAUGAAGCUCCAAGGGUGUCCAAUUGUAAUUCGUUGAGGGAUGAUUGUGGGUCAGAAACAUUUGAGUUGGGAUUUAGAGAUAGGGACAAUGGGGUGGUGCCAAUUGGGGUUGGGAAGAAGGAGAUGAAGAAACCCCGAAAGUGGAGGUGGAAAUUGUGGGGGUUCAUUCAUCGUCGAAAUAGUAAAGAUGAUGAUGAUGAAGAAGAUAGGUGUAGUAGUGUUAGUGGUGUAGGGAGAUCUUACGCGGAAUCUUGGCAAGAUUUGAGAACUACAAAUGGUGAUAACGGUGGGAUUAAUGUUAACCGGAAUGUGUUUAAGAGCAAUAGUAGCGUAAGUUGGAGAAGUUCUUCGUUUAGGAAAACAAAUCCUAAUGUAAAUGGUUCACAUGUAAUCGGGAAUGGGAAGAGUAGAAGGGGUGUCGAUGAGUUUGUCCUUGAGAGGAAUCGUAGUGCAAGAUAUUCGCCCAACCAUUUUGAUAAUGGGCUGUUAAGGUUCUAUUUGGCGCCUUUGAGUAGUAGUAGUCGAAGAGGGGGGAUUGGGAUUGCGACUGGGAAGAGUAAGCCAACUAGUAACUCGCAUUCGAUUGCCAGGAGUAUGCUUCGGCUCUACUGAAACCCUGAAAGAGGUUGAUACAAAAAUCUGUCUCUUUUUCUUGCAUUUCCAUUGUGUAAUAAUAUCAAACUACAUAUGCUUAUGUCUGAUUUUGCUAAAAUUGGUUGGUUAAUUGGUUUCUAAUUGGGGUUCUAUGUUGUUGCAA